AAUCCCCGGAUGUGAAUAUUUCGUGUCUAGUGUUUAGAACUAGAUAUGCCAGUGUGGUUAUAGUGUCGUUAUCACUACUCCUGCAACCAGACAUUUAGGCCUAGGGAUCCAAGGGAAAGAAAAACAGGACCUACACACAAUGGCCAGCACAGUACCUGCUGAGAAAAAGCUACCAUAUGUAUAUCUUGGACAGACUGGUCUGAAGGUAUCCAACCUAUGUCUAGGGGCUAUGACCUUUGGUGAAUCAGCGUUUGGUACCCCAGGCCAAGCUGAUGAGGACCUCUCCCAUCAAAUUCUUGACAAAUUUGCAGAAUGGGGUGGCAACUUUAUUGACACGGCUGAUAUCUAUGGUCGGGGUAAAUCUGAAACUAUUGUUGGAAAAUGGCUCGCAAGCCAAAACAGAGAAAAUUUUGUCAUUGCCACUAAAGUAAGAGCAAACAUGGGCUUAGAGAACAAUGUCAAUAAUAUUGGUCUCAGUCGCAGACAUAUAACUGAAAGUAUAGACAAAAGCUUACAGAGGCUUCAGACAGACUUUGUGGAUCUUUAUCAGGCACACUUUUUUGAUGAUGGAACAAGACUUGAGGAAACGUUUCGCACUUUUGACGACUUGGUUCGCAGUGGAAAGGUUCGCUAUGUUGGAGUUAGCAAUUUUUCUGGAUGGCAGCUUCAAAAAACUGUUGACUUGGUAGAGAAGCUGGGUUUGAACCCCAUUGCAAGUUUGCAGCAAGAAUACAAUUUAGUGAACAGAGAGAGUGAGUGGGAACCUUUUCAAGUCUGCAAGAAUUCAGGGAUAGGAGUUUUGCCUUGGAGUCCACUUAAAGGUGGUUUGUUAACUGGCAAGGUCAAGAGAGGUCAGAAACCAACAGAAGGUCGCAUGGGUUGGGUUGCUGAAGAGACUAACAAAGCAUCUCAAGCUGCUCCACUGUGGACAUCAUUUGAUGAUAAAACUUUUGACCUUAUAGAAACUGUUGAAGCCAUAGCUAAGGAGCAUGAACGUAGCCCUGCCCAAGUUGCUAUUCGUUGGCUGCUGCAGAAAGAUGUUGUAUCUUCUGUUAUAAUUGGUGCAAGAAAUCUUACUCAGCUGGAGGAUAAUUUGGGUGCUGGCAAUGGAUGGUCUCUAUCAAAGGAAGAGAUGCAGCAGCUAGAUGACUUAUCAAAGCCCCCACUGCCUUAUCCAUAUGAGAUGAUCUUUCGGCUAAAUACAGAUAGAGGAAACAGGCAUGCUGUCAACCAAUAUGUUCAAUCUUUCACCAACUAAGUCCUUCAUUAUUAUUUUGUUUCUAUUAGAUUAUUGUCAAGUUGUAUUUAUUCAGUUGGAUUUGGUUAUCACAUGAUUGAUGUGUAGUCCAUGAAGUUAGACUAUGCAAUGUUGUGUUGAUAUGAUGAUCAGUUUAAAGCUGCCAUUCAAAUGUGCCUCAGUCCUAGACAAGCUAAUGUGAUACAUUCCUUCUAUAUUAAUAUUUUUGUUUGUAUCCAUAAAUAGUGCUUACAAGACAGAAUUAUUACAAUGUAUAAUUAAUAUUGCCAUGGUUAAUAUACAAAAAUAAAUUGUACAAUAAAUGUUACUUGAUAUAUUGAA